AUGCAUACUGAAGAUAAACACAGCCACCAUUUGCGCGAUGAAGAGCGCAAGAUGCUGGAGGAUGCAGAGCGCGCCAAAGAGGCCGCAGAGCGGCAAAAGUUCGCAGCAGAAGAAGCUCUCGCAACAGCUGUACGAAGGAGAGAUCAUGAAAGGCGAGAAGCAGCGUCCAUGGCCUCGGAGGAUAUGUCGUCUGCAGCUUUGCGCGAAGCAUUGCGACUGGCGGCAGAGAUCAAAGGCUUUGCUGCUGCAGAUGCCGAGUCUUUUGCAUGGAGGGAGAUGUGUCGAGAGGCAGCAGAAACAAGACAAAUGGCUUCCGAAGAUCAGCAUUCGUCGUUGUUGCGACUCAGCGAUUCCAAGCCAGUACCUCGCUUCGAUCAGCAGGAAUCGCAGGGCGCGGCCAAGGCUGCUCGCCCUGCAGCGCCUGACCUGUCGGUGUUGGCGAAGAUGGUGGUGCCCGGACCCUUGAAGCCAGAAGAUCAGUCUGAAGGCUUCCGGCCGCAGACGCUGGACCCAUGGGAUGCAAGUGGUGUUUCAGAAUCCGUGGCGAAGGGCGACAGGUCUGUGAAGACCAAGGAGGCCAAGACCUGUGGCAGUUUGGUGUGCCUGCAGCUCUGGGAGGGCAACUCGCGAUUCAGAGGCUCCUCAGGCAAAAGCUUGCCUCGUAGACGCCCAGCGAAGUGGAGUCGUCCAGAUGAGGAGCGGCCGGAGCGGGUCUCCGCUGCGCUGUCUUCAGAAGACCUCGGCUUGGAUGCCUUGGCUGCAGGCCUUGAGGAUUGGGGUUCGGCUGUGGAUUUGGUGCGGCUGGAGAUUCGAAUGGAAGGCCUGGAGCAGCUUCCCACGCUUUCCAGAGUGCCUCAACUGCGUAUCUUGGUGCUGAGCGGCAACAAGAUUUCAAGCCUGGAGGCUCUGCAGGGCUGUCCCAAGCUUGAGGAGUUGGUCCUCUGCCAGAAUGCGCUCACGUGCUUGGAUGGGUUGCGGCAUCUGAGGCACCUGUCAGUCCUCAAGGCGACGAUGAACGCCAUCACCGAUGCAGAGGAUCUGGCACAGCUGCCACAGCUUCGUGUGGUGGAUCUCAGCAAGAAUCGUUUGACCUCAGUGCAUCUCUCGGCAAAAGGCCUUGGCAAGCUUGUUCUGUACAGAAACUCCUUGCAGUCGGCCGGCUUUUUGCAAGAGCUGCCAUCCUUGACCCAGCUGGACCUCGGACGAAAUAAGCUCACGGAGCUGGAUGCUGCAAUCUCCGAGUGGAACCCCGUGCUUACGAAAGCUUUCCUCUACGAGAACUCUUUGGUUUCGCUUCCAGAGCUCCACCUGCCUUUGCUCACCGAUCUUUGGGUCGAUAACAAUUUGCUCGAGCACUUGGGCUUCCUUGGCUUCUUGCCUUCCUUGGAACGGCUCCAGGCCAAGCACAAUCGGAUCCGCAAGCUUUCCCUCCCAAUUGCCGCCAGUCCGCUGCUCAAGACCUUGGAGCUUGCUUUCAACCAGCUCGACAGUUCGGAGUCCCAAAAGGCAGUGAUGUCAUUCGCGCGCUUGACGCGCUUGCAACUCAACGACAAUCCCUUCGCCGCAGAGAUGAUGGAAGACUAUCGGCCGUGGGUGCUCAAAGCGGCACCGCAGCUGGAGGAACUUGACAAUGAGACGGUCACUGAGUCUGAGAGGCGCGAGCUCGACUUGCAAGGCUUUGGACAAGCAGGGCAGGCUGUGACGGUCACCUUGACUGCGAGGUCGGCACCAGCCAAUGCCCCGCAACAUGAAGGCCUUCUAGGCUUGGUGGCCGGGCCUGAUGUUGCAGCGAGCCGGCGAGCCCAGAUCUGCACGCGGUGCCCAGAUCGAGCCGAAGGCGACGGUACGAGACUGGCAGGAAGACACAGAAGCAUCGACUCGCACCAGCCCCAGGCAUUGGGACGAUGGCAAGCUGGCUGGAGCUUCAGCGACAUUUCGGAGGACAGUGGCUGCCCGAUGUGCGCGCUUGCUGCUUGGUGCGAGAUGUUGAAUGCCGCACGAAGCGCUCCAUUCGUUGCUCACACAAGGGACGAGCGACGGACUGCUGCGCUGCUUUCGAGCUGCGAAACCAGAUCUCACCGCUUUCGUCGCUGUGAAGCCCUUUUCGCUUUGCGACGAAGACACGACUUCUGGACAUCUUACCUGCAGCUCUGCUUCUCACAAUAUGAUUCGCUAACGCCAUGGCGCGCAAGGUCUGGUGCUGUUUGUCGAACAGCUGCUUUCGAGUUGAGAAUUCCUGGCUCCGAGAGGUCAAGCCAGGCCUUGAUCCUGAAAGCGCAGUCUCGUUGGAGAGGAGUCCUUGCCCGGAGAGCCUUCUCACGACUUUGCCUUGAGCGAGUUUGUGAGGCCAUGUCACAGCGACAGCUUCGAUGCUUCGUUCAGCUGCAGGCGUUGUGGCGCGGCCAUUCUGCUCGGAAUGCCAUUCGGGCUCGUGGCACAGUGCUACCUGGAGACAAGCGCUCGGCCAGGCUCAAACAUGCGGCCACACAACUUCAGGCAGCACUCCGUGGCUCUCGCGUGCGUCGAAAACUCCGAUGGGCUAAGGAAGUGUCGAAGGUGGUGAGCGACGAUCUGGAGGACUGUCCAGAGGUGGAUUUGGAAGACAUGUUGCGCGAAGCUCGUACAGUGGCAAAUGCUGACCCGUUCUCAUCCUUGAGUUUGCCCGAAUUCAAGGACAUGCCUGAGGUACUGAGCCGAAGUCGUCAGAAGAAAGAGCCACAACAACACCCUGGCCCGAUGGUGGCAUGGACUCCGUUGAACAUCGCUCCAGGCUCGUCACACGACGCUACCACGGGGCCGGCACCAACCGAUGCAGGCAGCGAAGGUGGAAGUGUGGUGGGCUCACCUCACAGCAGCCGUCCCGGAUCGGGCUUCGGCAUCGGCCCACGGAGAUCUAGAUCACUUUCGUCAACAGCAGAAUCUGCUGUGACAGAGCCAGAUGGUGCAGGCCACGGUUUGCGCACGCGAGUGGAGCAGGCGAAGGAUGAUUGGGGCUUCCAGGACAUUUCCACUGCACGAGCUUGUCUUGCCGCUCAGAAGCGCAGGCAACCAAGACCUCCGACACUUCCGGGACAUGCUCCUUCGCGCAGCAGCACUGGCCGACAACCUGUUUCGACCUUGGCUCGGAAUAAGCAGAGCAGCCAGUCAGCUGGUCCACCGAAGCGUGGCGGAGGCUGCCAAAAGGCUCAGGAUGCCAUUGCCGAGUACCGGCGCCUUCAGGAGGCGGAUUCCGCGGCAAACAACAGCGGGCCUACGGAGUUCCGAUCCGGAUCUCCCAACAGGAAGUUAAUGCGCAGUUCCCAAAGUUUGGGCUGA